AUGAAGGAAGAGGAAAGAGUUGACUCAACCUCUAAGUCGUGUUCUUCUUCAUCAUCAUCUUCUCUACCUGUGAGCUACGGAGUUGACGGUGAAAAAUACGAAUUUUCUUCCUCUGCUUCUUCUCUGUCUCAAUCGUUUUCUCCACAAGGUUCAAGCAACAAGAGUUGUGUUCUUGAAAGCAAUAUAUCCUCUGUUUUCUCUUUGGACCAUAACAACAGUCUCCUCAUGUUGUCCAGAGACCGACCAUGUUCUUGUCUCCAUCAUCUGUCAUACUGCAAUUUAAAGGCGACUCCAGAAUAUCAAAAAGACUAA